GCCUGGCUAGCCCCACAGAGAGAGAAGCAGAGAGGCCGUGUGUCUCCAAGCCUCUACAAAACAGAAUCAGAUCCUUCUCACGAGCCUCUGUGUCCACUGCUACUCCACUGACUGACACGGAGCUACACUCUACCAGCGGAGGUGCUGUGAGCGGCUGGAGGUCGUCAUGGCAACCCAGAGACAUGUACCCAGUGACAGUCUGGCUAGAACAUUCAGGUUCUGUGCCAGAAACCCUAGUGAGGUCAUCUCCACUAGACUCAGAGACAUGCUCCACACCUUCAUCCAGCACUACCAGGAACCAUGGGAAGAGAACCGCAGCCUAGACAGAGAGAGAGGAGUGAAGUUCUCCAGCCAGACAGAGGCUUUGUACUACAGGGUUCUAGAGGCUGUCAUCAAUCAGGAGAGGAAGAGGCUGGGAGCCAAAGACCUUUUAGGCAUUCUGGAGCAUGAUCUGUUCCAGCGCUCUCUAGUGGCCUGUUGUCUGGAGAUGGUCAACUUCUCCCAUCAGCCACCAGGCAGCUUCCCCCUGGUCAUUGACAUCUUUAGCCUGGCGCCAUACGACUUCUACAAGGUGAUAGAGCUGGUGCUGCGGGCUGAGGAGGGCUUGCUGCCGAGUGUGGUCAGGCAUCUGACCCAUAUAGAGGAGAGGGUCCUGGAGAGUCUGGCCUGGAGGAGAGACUCACCACUCUGGGACCAGAUCAGAGCUGCUAAGGGACAGGGACAGCUGCCUGCAUACCAUCAGGUGAUGCUCCCCCAAUACUCAGAGGACACAGACAAGAUGGCCAAGAUCCCUCCCACCCCUUCACACUUGACCUCAAGCCUUGUGAAUGGGAUCCAUGGAAAUGACCUGAACCCUCCGAUUACCCACCAUGAACGCUACAGCUCACCCCCUGCUGGCUCAAAGAUGGCCGCUUGCCCUACCACACCAGUCAGCCCAUCCCAGUCCUCCUCUGUCAUUGUUACUAGACAGACUAUAGUCACCAUGGCAUCAGCCACUGUCACCACCAACAAUGGCCAGUCAGUCACCAUACCGGUUCGAGCUCUUCCACACCCAGGCAUUGCCAAUGACCGGGGAGGCAUCACAUUUACCCUCAGUGUUGUGGGUCAGCCCAUUCCUCCACAGCAAGUCUCCAGCACCUCUACCCAGCAGCCCCAGAACCCAGUCACACACAGACCUCAGAGUAAGGGCUCCAUCUCACUGUUCCUCCGCAAGGUCUACCACCUGGUGAGCAUGCGUCUGAGGGACAUCUGUGUUAAACUGGACAUCUGUGAGGCGCUGCGGCUGAAGAUCUGGACCUGCGUUGAACACUCCUUGGUCCACUGCACUGACCUCAUGCUAGACCGACACCUGGACCAAAUACUCAUGUGUGCCAUCUAUGUCAUGGCCAAGGUAACCAACGUUGACUUGCCCUUCAAGCUCAUCAUGCAGUGCUACAAGACUCAGCCUCAAGCAAGCAACUGUGUAUUCAGAAGUGUUCUGAUCUCAGGGAGAAACACCAAGACCUCACAAACCUCUCCUGGUGGAUCCAACAGAGAAAACAUUGAUGUAGACCCCAGCAGUAGCUUGCUUACAUACCAGAGCCCUCCCACCCAUCCUACAGGACCCAGAGCUCCCUGUAGACAGGACCAGGGGGAGAGAAGACACCUCAUCUAUUUCUACAACACCGUCUAUGUCAAACAGAUGAAAGACUUUGCCCUGCGCUACAACUCCAGCUCUCUGACCAUAGCCGGGGUUGAAACCCCUCCCCUUUCACCAUACCCCUGCCAGCGUAUUGGAUCCUUGCGCAGACUCCGCCCCUCCAACCACCAUUCCCUCUACAUCUCCCCCCACAAGCCCAGCACACACCCCUCCCCCCGCACUGGGGUCCUCUACAUCUUCAGCAGAAGCUUCUCAAAGAGUCUGAGAGAGAUCAGCGACAUUAUGAAGACAUUUCAGUCACGCACCAGGAAGCACUGUGCAGCCCAGCUGCAGGAGGAGGGUGAGGAGGAGGGUGGGCCGCUUGCGAAGAGACCCUGUCAGGAUAGACCGUCAAACUUGCAGAGAAAGCUCAGGGACUUCGACCAGGCACUGACGAGGGCCCAGAACCAGCAACAAGCCCAGACCAGGGCCAAGGCACAGCACCAAGCAACAGCACACAAUGGGACGCAUCGAUGACUUCUCACUUUCUUUGACUUACCGUCAUGCUUCAUACUUCUUGCAGGUCUACACUCAUUGGAAGAAUAUGGACAACAGACACUGAUGAUGGGAGAAUGGAUGCUGUGGAGCUACAAUGUUAGAAAUGUUAGAAAGAAUUGGUAUCAUUAGCACUCAGUGAAGUUCUCUUAGCAAGCAAUAUUCAUGAUUAAAAAAGCUGAUUUGUAAUAAUAAUGAGGGUAAUGUAAUAAUCUGAGAGUAACUAGGGCUCUGUAUCAAAUAUCAUAUCAUAUACAGUAUAUAUUCAUCCUAAGGAAGCAGUAAAGGAUUUGUGUUGGUACUGAGCACUGUGUACAGUUUGUGUUUGGUGAGAGGGAGGAGACAAGAGAUGUCUCUCUCUGGAACAUACAGUACGUAAUUAGUUUCAAUUUUCAAGUUUAAUUUGUCACAUGCACUAGUACAGUGAAAUGCUUAAUUUGCAAGCCCGACUCAACAGUGCAGUAUUCAAAAUAAAAAAAGCAUAACUAAUUUAAAACAAAUUAAACACAGAUAUAUGACAUAUAUAUAUAUAUUUUUAUUUAUUUCACCUUUAUUUAACCAGGUAGGCUAGUUGAGAACAAGUUCUCAUUUACAACUGCGACCUGGCCAAGAUAUAAAGCAUAGCAAUUCGACACAUACAACAACACAGAGUUACACAUGGAAUAAACAAAACAUACAGUCAAUAAUACAGUAGAAAAAUAAGCCUAUAUACAAUGUGAGCAAAUGAGGUGAGAUAAGGGAGAAAAAGGCCAUGGUGUCGAGGUUAAAACAAUAUAGCAAGUAAGACACUGGAAUGGUAGAUUUGCAGUGGAAGAAUGUGCAAAGUAGAAAUAGAAAUAAUGGGGUGAAAAAGAGCAAAAUAAAUAAAUAAAUACAGUAGGGGAAGAGGUAGUUGUUUGGGCUAAAUUAUAGAAAGGCUAUGUACAGGUGCAGUAAUCUGUGAGCUGCUCUGACAGCUGGUGCUUUAAGCUAGUGAGGGAGAUAAGUGUUUCCAGCUCAGAGAUUUUUGCAGUUCGUUCUAGUCAUUGGCAGCAGAGAACUGGAAGGAAAGACGACCAAAGGAGGAAUUGGCUUUGGGGGUGACCAGUGAGAUAUUCCUGCUGGAGCGCGUGCUACGAGUGGGUGCUGCUAUGGUGACCAGUGAGCUGAGAUAAGGGGGGACUUUACCUAGCAGAGACUUGUAGAUAACCUGUAGCCAGUGGGUUUGGCGACGAGUAUGCAGCGAGGGCCAACCAACGAGAGUGUACAGGUCACAAUGGUGGGUAGUAUAUGGGGCUUUGGUGACAAAACGGAUGGCACUGUGAUAGACUGCAUCCAGUUUGUUGAGUAGAGUGUUGGAGGCUAUUUUAUAGAUGACAUCACCGAAGUCGAGGAUCGGUAGGAUGGUCAGUUUUACGAGGGUAUGUUUGGCAGCAUGAGUGAAGGAUGCUUUGUUGCGAUAUAGGAAGCCGAGUCUAGAUUUAAUUUUGGAUUGGAGAUGCUUCAUGUGAGUCUGGAAGGAGAGUUUACAGUCUAACCAGACACCUAGGUAUUUGUAGUUGUCCACGUAUUCUAAGUCAGAGCCGUCCAGAGUAGUGAUGCUGGACGGGCGAGCAGGUGUGAGCAGUGAUCGGUUGAAUAGCAUGCAUUUAGUUUUACUUGCUUUUAAGAGCAGUUGGAGGCUACGGAAGGAGAGUUGUAUGGCAUUGAAACUCGUCUGGAGGUUAGUUAACACAGUAUCCAAAGAAGGGACAGAAGUAUACAGAAUGGUGUCGUCUGCGUAGAGGUGGAUCAGAGAAUCACCAGCAGCAAGAGCAACAUCAUUGAUGUAUACAGAGAAGAGAGUCGGCCCGAGGAUUGAAGCCUGUGGUACCCCCAUAGAGACGGCCAGAGGUCCGGACAACAGGCCCUCCGAUUUGACACAUUGAACUCUAUCAGAGAAGUAGUUGGUAAACCAGGCGAGGCAAUCAUUUGAGAAACCAAGGCUGUCGAGUCUGCCAAUAAGAAUGUGGUGAUUGACAGAGUCGAAAGCCUUGGCCAGUUCGAUGAAUAUGGCUGCGCAGUAAUGUCUCUUAUCGAUGGCAGUUAUGAUGUCGUUUAGGACCUUGAGCGUGGCUGAGGUGCACCCAUGACCAGCUCUGAAACCAGAUUGCAUAGCGGAGAAGGUACGGUGGGAUUCGAAAUGGUCGGUAAUCUGUUUGUUAACUUGACCUUAGAAAGACAGGGUAGGAUAGAUAUAGGUCUGUAGCAGUUUGGGUCUAGAGUGUCACCCCCUUUGAAGAGGGGGAUGACCGCGGCAGCUUUCCAAUCUUUGGGAAUCUCAGACGAUACGAAAGAGAGGUUGAAUAGGCUAAUAAUAGGGGUUGCAACAAUUUCGGCAGAUCAUUUUAGAAAGAGAGGGUCCAGAUUGUCUAGCCCGGCUGAUUUGUAGGGGUCCAGAUUUUGCAGCUCUUUCAAAACAUCAGCUAUCUGGAUUUGAGUGAAGGAGAAAUGGUGGGGGCUUUGGCAGGUUGCUGUGGAGGGUGCCGGGCAGUUGACCGGGGUAGGGGUAGCCAGGUGGAAAGCAUGGCCAGCCGUAGAGAAAUGCUUAUUGAAAUUCUCAAUUAUAGUGGAUUUAUUGGUGGUGACAGUGUUUCCUAGCCUCAGAGCAGUGGGCAGCUGGGAGGAGGUGCUCUUAUUCUCCAUGGACUUUACAGUGUCCCAGAACUUUUUUGAGUCAGUACUACAGGAUGCAAAUUUCAGUUUGAAAAAGCUAGCCUUAGCUUUCCUAACUGCCUGUGUAUAUUUGUUCCUAACUUCCCUGAAAAGUUGCAUAUCACGGGGGCUAAUGCAGAACGCCACAGUAUGUUUUUGUGCUGGUCAAGGGCAGACAGGUUGGAGUGAACCAAGGACUACAUCUAUUUCUAGUUCUACAUUUUUUGAAUGGGGCAUGGUGAGGAAGGCACUUUUAAAGAAUAGCCAGGCAUCAUCUACUGACGGGAUGAGGUCAAUGUCAUUCCAAGAUACCCCGGCCAGGUUGAUUAGGAAGGCCUGCUCGCAGAAGUGUUUUAGGGAGCGUUUGACAGUGAUGAGGGGUGGUCGUUUGGUCGCAGACCCAUUUCGGAUGCAGGCAAUGAGGCAGUGAUCGCUGAGAUCUUGAUUGAAAACAGCAGAGGUGUAUUUGGAGGGCGAGUUAGUUAGGAUGACAUCUUUGAGGGUGGCCGUGUUUACGGAUUUAGGGUUGUACCUGGUAGGUUCAUUGAUAAUUUGUGUGAGAUUGAGGGCAUCAAGCUUAGAUUGUAGGAUGGCCGGGGUGUUAAGCAUGUCCCAGUUUAGGUCACCUAGUAGCACGAGCUCAGAAGAUAGAUGGGGGGCAAUCAAUUCACAUAUGGUAUCGAGGGCACAGCUGGGGGCAGAGGGAGGUCAAUAGCAAGCGGCAACAGUGAGAGACGUUUCUGGAAGGGUGAAUAUUUAGAAGUAGAAGCUCAAAUUGUUUGGGUACAGACUUGGAUAGUAAUACAGAACUCUGCAGGCUAUCUUUGCAGUAGAUUGCAACACCGCCCCCUUUGGCAGUUCUAUCUUGGCAGAAAAUGUUAUAGUUAACGAUGGAGAUUUCAGGGUUUUUGGUGGUUUUCCUAAGCCAGGAUUCAGACACGACUAAGACAUCCGGGUUGGCAGAGUGUGCUAAAGCAGUGAGUAAAACAAACUUAGGGAGGAGGCUUCUAAUGUUAACAUGCAUGAAACCAAGGCUUUUACGGUUACAGAAGUCAACAAAUGAGAGCACCAAGGGAGUGGGGCUAGGCACUGCAGGACCUGGAUUAACCUCUACAUCACCAGAGGAACAGAGGAGAAGUAGGAUAAGGGUACGGCUAAAUGCUAUACGAACUGGCCGUCUAGCACGUUCGGAACAGAGAGUAAAAGGAGCAGGUUUCUGGGCUCGAUAGCAUAGAUUCAAGGCAUAGUGUACAGACAAAGGUAAGGUAGGAUGUGAGUACAUUGGAGGUAUAUAGGUGAGCCUUUUAAAAUUAUCAUACAGCGUAAUGUAUCUGUUAGGACCAGAUGUUAGAUAAUAUUCUGUUUAAUUGGCACAUUCUUUUCUCUACCAGUGUUGAAUUUGUACUGAUCUGUGGUACAAAUCCUUUACUUCUUUGUGUUGUGAUGUUGGAUAAACAUAUCUCUGUUUUUA